AUGAAAGCCGAACAUCAGAGGCCUAGUGGCUUAGCCCAGAAUAUUGAUACUUCCUUUUGGAAGUGGGAGAUGAUAAACAUGGAUUUCAUAACAGGUCUACUUCGUUCAGCUAGGAGUCCUGAUUCAAUUUGGAAAGGAUUGGGUACAAAGGUUAAUCCCAGUACAAUUUUUCAUCCUCAGACAGAUGACCAGCCAGGGCGCACCAUUCAGACCUUUGAGGAUAUGUUGAGGGCACGUGUCAUUGAUUUCAAAGUUACCAUGCUAGUAUUAGAAUGGGGUCAUACGAAGCUUUGUAUGGGCACAGAUGUAGAUCACCAAUCGGGAGUUAUGUGGUUUGUUAAGAAAGGGAAGCUUAGUCCUCGCUAUAUUGGACCAUACAGAAUCCUGCGAAGGUUUGGUCAAGUGGCUUAUGAGCUUGAGUUGCCACAAGACAUGAUUGUUGUUCAUCUAGUGUUUCAUGUGUCCAUGUCGAGAAAGUCUGUGGGAGACCCGUCGUUGGUUAUCCCGACUGAUAGCACAACAGUCAAUGAUAGUUUGACUUAUGAAGAAGUUCCAGUGGCAAUUCUACAUCGGGAGGUUCGCAAAGUUGAGAAUGAAACAAAUUGCCUUACUAAAGGUACUAUGAAGAAGUCAGAAAGUUGA